GUCUUUGAGUGCAAUAAUGGAUGAAAUGAAUGAAUCGCAUAAUAGUCUCGAAGAUUGGAUUGCCUUUAAGAAAGACAUCUUCGUUAUCAAUGACAAGACACGAAAACAUCGAUUUCUCGUGGCUUACAAUCACAUCGAGAACUCGAUUGCCAUCACAUGUUGUGAGGGCACGAGACGAGCGGCUGAUAAGCGCAACAAAUCAAUGGCCUCUUCGUUCACUCUACAGAAUCUGAUUGAUGUGAACAAAGAGUUGUCGCUUAUUCGUCCAAAACUGGACCAAUACUUCCAACCAAUCAUAGAACUGAUCCAAAGCCGUAAUUCGCAUUCGAGGUUAUAUUCAUUGAUAAUGAGUUUGGGUUUCGGG